AUGUCGGAAGAACACGUUCGCCCACAGGCCUCCUCCGGUUCCGAUGAGGAACUCUACCCACACACGAUUCCGCCCUGGUGGGUUCAUAAACCGUCGAUGUCCGACAGGUGGCGCAAGGUCCGCUACAUGUCCGAUAUGUAUGCUUCUGCGUACUUCGGGGUACUCAAGAGAUUCCUGACGCCUGGGCAGUCGUACAAGGCCUCGAGCCCUCGCAACGACCCCGCCAAGAAGCAGCUCAAGGCCGAGCUUGGUAAGGGUGACAAGGCCAAGCUGGGAAAGUUCAACCUCAAUCAGACGUUUGCCAAGUGUCGUCGCCAGCGGUCGCUCAAGCGUCAUCCCAUUCCGGAGGCGAUGCGCACGCCCACGCCCAUUCUUCGAGCUCCGACCGAAUUCAGCCAGCCAGCUGCAACGAGACAGGAUACGUGGGUGCACUUCACGCCGCUCGACCAGGCCCCCACCCCAUCCGCCGAGUCGAUCAUGACCGACGACGAAUGGUACCACUACGACGACAGCAGCGAACUUUCUGUCCCGCUCGACGACGACAGCACUGAUCUUCCCACCCCUGUCGACGACCCCUCCCCGGAAGGGUUUAACUUCGACAGCCUGCGCAGCUACAACUCGACCCGAGACAAUCACAACGGCGACUACGGCAGCCUCGGCCGUCACGAAUACGCGUCCAUGUUUGGCAUCAUGAUGCUCCAACAGCGGGUCCAGCUGGAAAACUAUCUCAGGCAAUUCGAUAACGGCAAUGUGGAAGAGGGCUGCUUGGGCGUGUGGCAGAAGAGGCAGCGGGAGAUGUCGGGUGAUGGUCCUAUGGAGAGGUACAUCCGGGCAAAUAGGGAGAUGCAUGCUCAGAACUCAUUCUAA